AUGGCCAGUCAAGCACAGAUUAACCCUAAGAAGCAGCAGGAGCUUCAGCUCCAGUACACCAAUUACAAAAACACACUGCAGCAGUUAGCACAAAAGAUCGGCGAUAUCGAGCAGGAAGCAGAGGAGCACAAACUUGUGAUCGAGACACUCGAACCUCUUCCCAAGGAUAGAAAAUGUUUCCGCAUGGUCAAUGGGGUUCUGGUUGAACGGACCGUCGAAGACGUUCUUCCCUCCCUCAAAACGAAUUCGGACGGCCUGAAGCAGGUCUUAGAUGAACUGCUGAAGCAAUACAAGUCGAAGCAGUCGGAUCUUGACAACUGGAAGAAGAAGAACAACAUUCAGGUCGUACAGCCAUAG